GCAUAGACUAGAGCUUAACAUCUGAGAAGGAAAAGCAUCGGAGGUUCAGAUACUGACAGAGCAGAGGUAGAACACUACUGGACGGACCCAGGAGGAUCAGCCAGCCAUGCCUCCAGUUCAGGUACAAGAUUGAGAAAUGGCAUGCAACGUACCUAACCAAAGACAACGGACUAUGUCAACAUCAGGAGAAAGUCUAUAUGAAAUUCUUGGUCUGCAUAAGGGCGCAUCAUGUGAAGAGAUUAAGAAAACCUACAGAAAAUUAGCCCUGCGACACCAUCCAGACAAGAAUCCAGAUGACCCAUCCGCUGCUGAGAAGUUUAAAGAAAUCAACAAUGCCCACACAAUCCUCACCGACACCUCAAAGAGAAACAUAUAUGACAAGUAUGGAUCACUGGGACUCUACGUGGCUGAGCAAUUUGGAGAAGAGAAUGUUAACACAUACUUCAUGCUGUCAAGCUGGUGGGCCAAGACCCUGUUCAUCAUCAUCGGCCUCUUGACCGGCUGUUAUUUUUGCUGUUGCCUUUGCUGCUGCUGCAACUGUUGUUGUGGACAUUGUCGGCCCAAAUCAUCGGCAUCAGAAGAGGAGUUCUACGUGUCACCAGAGGACCUGGAGGAGCAGAUCAGAACUGACAUGGAGAAAGAUAUGGACUUUCCAGUUGUUCUCCAGCCUACAAAUACAAAUGAGAAAACACAGCUAAUCAGAGAAGGAUCUCGAAGUUACUGCACAGACUCUUGAUGCUGGGCCCAUGGAGGGUCCACAGCUCCUCUUCUUGGUUCAUCCAUGUCUCUGGGUUGUCCUGGGGGAGGUGCAAACAUGAAAUGCUGUGAACAUAGUCACAUUUGUAUUUUAUUUUUAGGUUAAGGGGAAGAUGAUUGCUACAUAAUUUUCUCAGACUUUCUCUUUGAGUAGAAUACUAAUGAAAAGCAUUCAGUUUGAUGAAUAAAGGCCUGAA